UUGCGCGCGCGCGCAUCUUCAACGUCAGCCGUUCAUUGAGGAGCCGUUCACCCCCAACAUAUGCACCCGCAAAUGCCACGCUACACUCCACAUUCAGUUCACGUGCUAGCAGAUUUUAAUUCAUUUUUUAAUCCAUCGACAGGACUCUAAUGCAUACAUUCACAUCUCAGCUAGUAUCACCUUUACGCAGCGUCAUCCCAACGACCGCCAGGAACACAGCGACGCCCAUAGCAACCCCUCAUCCUGCGCAUCCUCAAUCUGCUCUCUGACCCAGCAACACCGGCCGACAUCUACCCUGUUUUUUUACAUCAUUUUCCUAAUGUUAUUGCUCUAGAUCCAUCACCCAUCAAUCUUUUUAUUAUUUUAAAGGACCAUGAAUGCGUCGCGUGCAGUCCUUCUCUCAUCCGUCAAAGUAGUCACUCCUCAUUUCAAACGUCCCUUCUUAAGCUGAAACAUAGAGGGAUCAUCCUCCCUUGAAGUCACCAAAACGUUCUGGCCUAUUAAGGACCUGGCAGCGGCACGGCAGCUCCACCCACCACACCCUCUAAAUGAGGGACAAGGCAACCCAGACCCCUAGGGCCUGGGUAGAUGAGCGGAGGAGAGGCUCUCAUAAGCGAUCGGCUUCCUGCGGUAGCACUGAUCAGCUUAAAGAGAUUGCAAAACUGCGACAGCAGCUCCAGCGCAGCAAACGCAGCAGCCGUCAUCGCCGUGACAAAGACCGCAAGUCACCCUUUAAUGGCAACCAUGCUAUCAUCCAAUCACAGUCUCAGAUGCCUAAAACCAUCCUGAUCCCGAUCUCAAUCUCCAAAUCCACACCUCCCAGAUUUCGCAACAGCAUUGAAGGCCUCAACCAAGAGAUCGAACGCAUUAUCAUACGGGACACGGUCGAACGGGAUGAAAUCAUAAUACCACAGGAUGUUCCUGAUGGGCACCGAGCCCCCCCUCCCAUCCCCCAGCGCAGCAGCAGCACCCGCAGCAUCGACACGCAGACGCCCUCCAACGGUGGGCUUGGCAGUAACCGUAGCAACAGCAGCAGCCGAGCUGACUCAGUCUCACCAUCGUACCUUAGCAUCCUCAACGAUACAUUUGGAAACAGUCCUCUACCAAAUGACGACACACAUAAUGAAAGAGAGCUCGGACCUUGGUCUCCACUUCCCAAAUAUGCUUCAUCGCCGAAGCCCAACAACAGCUACAUGUUCAAACGUGAGCCACCUGAAGGCUGCGAGAGGAUUAAAGCCUUUGAAGAAAACCAGCCAAAACCUCUACACGAGAUCCCCCCUUAUCUCUGCCCAGACAGGAACAAGGUGAACUUCAUUCCCAAAAGCGGCUCCGCAUUCUGCCUGGUGAGCAUCUUAAAGCCCUUGCUGCCCACCCAGGAGCUGAACUUCCGUAGCGGGAUGGCAUAUCGCAGUAUCUCCCCAUCCCUGAUGCCUCUGAGUGGGGUCGGGGUGAGGAGUCUGUCCCCCUCCAUGGGAAGCGUCCUCUCCCACGGACGUCAGUCGCCAUGUCUUCCGCGACACAUUGAGGAGCCUGAGGGUUAAAGAGGGUCUCAACCGAACAGAGAAAUCCCAAAUUUCAGUGACGUAUUUUCAACAUUCAUAUAUUUAAAAACAUGCAGUGAUCUUAAGAGCUCGAGAGAGAUGUCGAUAUGAACCUCGAAGAGGAAGCGCAUUUGUUAAUGAUGGUAAUGGUAUUAUGUCUUCUAGCAGAAUUGUAUAUUGCCAAAAUAAAUUUGCAUUGCACUGCUUUUUACUUUCUUAGCAGUUUGUUGCAUUUUACCAUGAAGCCUUUAGGAUUUACUUAUGUACAGAUGCAUCUUUUACUUAAAUGUGUGAUUUGAUUUAGUGGUGAAAUGAAGGAUAUAGAUCAGUUUUACAUGCAGUUCAAAUAGUACUGUAGGGAACAAACAGGAAUGUUGUAGCAAUUUGAGGACGACUAAUGUGCCUGAAUCCCAUCAUUCCGUUUGCUUAAAGUCCUUUUCUUAUCAUCGUCUCAUCCGUAGCUACGUUCGUCUCUACCCCUAAAUGUACAUAACUCUGUAUGUGCUUAAUGUAAAAUUUUGGUGCGACACAAUUUGAAGGUGCAUGUCACACUGGACAUUAUUAUAAAGAUGAUGUACGAACAGUUUUACAAUGCAAUGAUGCAAAAUCUGUAAUUCAAAUAGAAUGAAGGAAAACUUGGGUUGGAGGAUCAAACUUUCUCAAAUACACUGAAUAUGUAAGAGGUAACAGAAAUGCUUUAAGGGUGCCAUAGAAUGUAUAUGGUAAUGACAUAUCGUAAACCUUAAACAUGAUUGUUUCCACCUUCUUACAUAAACCUUGUGCAUGCAAAAGACUGCAGAAAUGAGGCCAAUCUAAACAUAACAACAACAACUGUGACGUCACAGUAGGGAUGUACGCCCCAACAUUAAAGCAACACUAUGUAGUUUCCAUGUAAAAAUGACUUACAGCUCCCCCAUGUGGUUGAAAAGUGCAACAGUGCCUGGUAUCAGACACUCUUCUGCAGGCAGGGGGAGGGGCGGGGCUGUGUUUCCUACCCUCCACCGCCACUUUCAGAGUGUGCUUGUAGCAGCUAGGAGGCUGCUCAGGUUGCAGCAACAGUACAAUUUGUCCAGUUAAAAGUUGUUCUAUCACUAAAAUAAUUUUAGAGACAUUAUUUAAAGGUAAAAAAAACUACAUAGUGUUGCUUUAAAUUAAUAGCAAUGUUGUUACAAUGCUAAAACAAAGUUGUGACUGACAAGUUAGCGCUACAUGCUAGCAUUUAGGCUAAAGUUCUACUAUUGACGUUACAGUUACGUUUUGGAGGUCCAUACUGAAAAAAACGUACUCAUAAACAUCCAUUUACAAUCUCCAAACACUUGGUUGAUCAGUAUCUAUCAGGCUCAAUUAAAACAUAUAAGGUCUGUUUACUUAAUGUGAGCUACUAACAUGAUCCUCGCUGUGAAACAGCCAAUCGGAGCAUAGCUCAAAAUUAUUAUUCAUGACCCUCCCAAAUAAUGUAAUAACAGCCAGUUUCAUUCUAGGGUUGUAAAUAGAUAUGUUUCUGGAUUACGUUUGCACUAAAUAAAGUUACAUAUUGUAUCAAUGCAUUAUCUGGCACCUUUAAAAACAGCAAGAGAGAGUUAAAGGUAAGCAUGGCUUUAGCUAACAUACAGAUCUGAACCGUAGCAUCUUUAUACUGUGAAAUAUCCACUGGUCAUACAAUAAAACUUAC